AUGCAGUCUCCUGCAGCCCAGGACGACUUUGCCUUGCCCAGAACACCCAAUUCAGGGGAUGGAUGGCCCCGGAGAUCGAGUCGGAUCCGGGUCACGCGUGCCUGCGACCGUUGCAAGAAGAGAAAGGUUCGCUGUAAUGGCCACCAACCAUGCGAUGUGUGCCUUCUGGCGGCGGUGACUUGCUCCUACAAUGCCUCGUACACGAGAGGCAGACGACCAGCCAUUCGCGUUACCCGUGUUGGGCCUUCGCCUAAACUCGCUGCGAAUCCACCACCUGCCCAAGUUGACAGCCAGCCGCCGGCGAGUGUGCUCAACAACGACAGAAAUGACAUCAACGACACCACCCCCAGCCGUCCAGGUGCCGUGGAUGAAACACUGAGCCUUGCGUCCCGGCAGGAUGAAUCCAUGUCGCUCACCGACCCGAUCUCUCGUGCAUCGCCCCAGCCGACCCAGAUAGAUCUCCAGGGCCACUAUGUAGGUCCCUCAUCGGGUAUCUCGUUCCUCUCCCGAGUUCAGAGCCGGUUUGGGCAGUCGGUAUCGUUUCCGCGCGGCUUAUCCGUCUUCAACUUCGGUGACGCCCCAUUGCUUCACCAGGAUACUCAUCUGAACGCUGGAAAUGUUACAUCGUCGUAUGCCGAUCCGACAUUGGCUCUGUUGCUCAACCGAGAAGACACAGCCCGUCUUCUUCGGAGGUACUUUGAUUUCGCAGUACCCGUCGACCGCUUUCUACAUCGACCAACUAUCGAGCAAUGGUACGAGGAGUUUUAUGAGACCAGAGGUCUAAUGCACGACAGGAAUGCGGCACCCACUCAGAUAGCCGUACUAUUCAUGAUCUUUGCUAUCGCACAGGAGCAUUCGAUUCACAACUCUUCCCCUACAGAAGCCGAGACGAGUGUUCGAUACUUUGAAGCAGCGAAUCAUCAAUUGUCCAAAGAGCAGGGAACGGUGAGGCUUGCAAGCAUCCAAGUUCGUCUCUGCCAAUGCCUCUGGUUCCUAUCACAGUCACGGAUCAACCACUGCUGGAGCCUUUUCGGGACGAUCGCUCGUUUAAUGUUUGCUCUUGGGCUACAUAGAAAUAGACACGCGUUCUCAAACUCCAUGACCCAGAUCGAGAUUGAGUGUCGUCGCCGCACAUUUUGGAGCGCCUACAGUCUCGACAACUAUCUUAGCAUGGCCCUUGGGAGGCCGCGCACUUUCAAUGAUAAGGAUAUUGAUCAGGAGCUCCCUUCAUGUGUGGACGACCACGAGAUCGAUGGCAACAUAAACAGGUCUGUCUCGCCUUGCGGACACGGACUAUCUGCCAUGUUCGGACCAAUAAGCUAUGCAAGGUUAUGUCGGAUAUUGAGUGGUGUUCUGAGUGACAUCUACUCGAUCCAACCAAUGACCAUGACUGAACGGAUCGAUCAUACAGCGACAUAUAUGAAACAGCUGAAAACAUGGCGCAUGGAAAUGGCCAGUUUUCUCGAUCAAACGAACUCCAACGCCGCCCCAUUGGUUUUGAUUUUCCAGCGACAGAAGAAUGUGCUAAAUCUAGCAUACUGGCAUACAGCAAUUCUAACGAAUCGCCCACUCCUACUCACUAAUUUUGCCCGAUUGACAAACAGCACCCGCACACGGCAACCAGGGGAAGACGAGCGCAGGGCUCAUAUCGAUGAGAGUGUCUCCGAGUGUCUGCAUGCUGCACUGGAAAUUGUCGGCAUAGUGGACAUGAUGACCAAAGCAAAGCAACUCCUUCGUGCCUUCUGGUUUACUCCCUAUUUUGCUUUCUCUGCGUCUGUCAUCCUGUAUGUCUACACCAUACAACACAGCAAGGAGCCGGAGGAAGUUUAUCGGCUAUACCUCGCCGCCGCAGAGCGCUGUCAGCAGCAGAUCAUGAACAUAGCCGAAGAAGGAUCCUUGACUUCCCGAUACUGUGUUGUCCUGGAAGAGCUGCGUGCCGAGGCCGUCCGACAAAUUGCUCCAGCUGAGGCCUAUAAAGAGCGACCAGCGCAGCCUUCUUCCACAAUGGAGACAAGGACUGAGGAAAUUGAGCCCUUUGCUUCGAAUAUAGGAGAUCUGCCAGCAGGAUUCUCCAUAAUAUCCCCAGACUUUGCAGCGAUGGGUCAGCUGGAUGAUUUACACGUUAGUCCUGGUGACUCUCUGGAGGACCUAACAGGGUGGGGCCAGUUUGAUUCGAUGGUUGUGUCUGGCUUCAAUAGCGUGUAUCAUUUCAACUAA